CUCAAUGAUGCAACAUGAAAAAGCUGAAUCGAUUAAUAUGGAUAUUAAACCAACUUCACCUAUCCCAUUUAUCCAUGUCAAUGAGUAUGAUGAAACCAUAAAUCCAUCCAAAUAUAAGAAUGAUGUAUAUGAACAUGUAAAUAAAUUAGUUCGUAAUUUCAUCAAUUCUUAUAAAUUGAAUG